AGCACAAAGUAGGUUCUGGCUUGGCUUAAUUUGUCAAAAAUAUCGUGGUGGUUGUGGUUUCAUGCUUAUGCUUACUUUUUUACCAUCCUUUUUUCCAGUUUGUCGUCAAAUCCUUUGUUAGAGCUGACGUUUCAUACAUUGUCAUGCAGUUGUGCCGAUUAUUGUCUUCACCUGAUCCCUUGCAAGCACAUGUACCUGGUUCAGAGGCUCUAUAAAAGUGUGAGAGUAUCCUAUUCCGGUGAGCCUGCGAUUGAAUCUGCCAUUGAACCUGCCGUCGCUCAGGAGCAACGUGUCCAGAAUAUGGAUUUUUUCGGACCAGAUUUGGAGGCAGGAUUAGCGCCAUUACUCCGUUUGCAACUCGACCGGAAAAGGGCAGCAGAGCAGGAAUUCGAAAGAGUUGCCAGAGAAGUGGCGACCAGACAAGAGUUUGAGGAUAAUGAGGGCUUAUCAACGGAGUUGAUGAAGCAAAUGGGCGCCGCAGUGGAGGCAAGAAAGAAAAGGAAAUGUACACUCGAGUACCUCAAAUCUAUUGUGGCGACCGCAAAAAACACUUUACUCGAGAUUCAAGGCCUGAAUGCCUCACAAGCAGGACGGCGUCGAAUCCCGUGUCGUUGGAGCAUUAAAAACGCACCAACUACGCCAGCAAAAGGCGACGCCAUAGAAUUUUUUUGGUGAGCAUAAGCAAAUA